AUGUCUCAAGCUGUGCAGACGAAUGGGACACAACCUUUAAGCAAAACAUGGGAGCUCAGUUUGUACGAAUUGCAAAGAACGCCUCAGGAAGCAAUCACUGAUGGCUUGGAAAUAGUGGUGUCACCCAGGAGCCUGCACAGUGAACUGAUGUGUCCCAUCUGUUUGGAUAUGUUAAAAAACACCAUGACGACAAAAGAAUGUUUGCAUCGCUUCUGUGCUGACUGUAUCAUUACAGCACUCAGGAGUGGCAACAAAGAAUGUCCCACGUGCCGUAAAAAGCUAGUUUCAAAAAGAUCACUGAGACCAGAUCCCAAUUUUGAUGCUCUCAUCAGUAAAAUUUAUCCAAGCCGAGAUGAAUAUGAAGCUCAUCAGGAGAGAGUGCUAGCAAGAAUCAGCAAGCAUAAUAACCAGCAAGCUUUAAGUCACAGCAUUGAGGAAGGUUUAAAGAUUCAGGCUAUGAACAGGCUACAGAGGGGCAAGAAACAACAGAUUGAGAAUGGCAGUGGAGCAGAAGAUAAUGGUGACAGUUCACACUGUAGCAAUGCCUCAACACACAGCAAUCAGGAAGCGGGGCCUAGUAAUAAGAGGACCAAAACAUCGGAUGAUUCUGGGCUAGAACUGGACAAUAACAACACAACUGUGGCAAUAGACCCCGUAAUGGAUGGUGCUAGUGAAAUCGAAUUAGUCUUCAGGCCUCAUCCAACCCUCAUGGAGAACGACGACAGUGCGCAGACAAGAUACAUCAAGACCUCAGGCAAUGCCACUGUUGAUCACUUGUCCAAGUACCUAGCUGUGAGAUUGGCUUUGGAGGAGCUUCGUAGCAAAGGAGAAUCAAACCAGAUGAACCUUGACACGGCCAGUGAGAAGCAAUAUACCAUUUACAUUGCUACUGCCAAUGGGCAGUUCACUGUAUUAAAUGGGUCAUUUUCCUUGGAACUGGUCAGUGAGAAGUACUGGAAAGUGAACAAACCCAUGGAACUGUACUAUGCGCCAACAAAGGAACAUAAAUAAGCUGUGCUGGAAAACCGAGAUGGGACUAACUCUUUUUAUAGCUAUGACUUCUUUAAUAUUAAAAGAAGGCACCACCAUUAUCUUCGUGGACAAUACACGUGAUGCCUUCGGGCUCUCUCAGUAUACUUAUUAAUGUGAUUAGACAGUAUUCUGGGCUGUAUUU